AUGUUGGUCACCAUCCCUUUCUCAAGCUUGAUUGCCCUCGUCAGCUGUGCGUCGAUUCUCAGUGCACCCGGAGCAGUUCAGGAUUCUAGUCGUUCCACCCUUUUGCAAAGACAAGUCAGCCCAGCCACCCAGAAUGGAAUGAAAGCCUCAACCCCCGGAGCAGGAAAUGCCCCCAUGAAAACCGUGGGUGUGCAAAUAUUAACCAAUGGAUCGCCGGUUGAGUUGACGGAAUUACAGAAGGAGAACCUGGAACAAGCCGAGGAGAACAAGCCCGGCUUGAACACGAUGGCCAAUGCGCUCAACGAGCUCUACUUCCACGACAAGUACGGAAGCCAAAAGCACGACCAAGCCAUGUUACUGAAGAUGGUCGGACAAGCGGCCGAGAGCACCGGAAAGACCGGCGAUCCCGAGGCGGUUUCGAGAGCGAUGCUUGCCACCUUUGGCCCCUACAACCAAGGAAAGCCUUCGAAGAUAAGCGCCUCCCCCAUCGCCCCACUCACCAAGACCACUGCGGCCAUGGAUGAAUCUCCGUCCUUGAAGACCGUCGCCCAUUCUCUCCACGAAGCUUGGGAGAAAUCACUCACCUCUAACCCCAAGUUAGACAAUGCCCAGCUCGUCCCGGUCAUCUGUAGUGCCAUUGCCACUAGCGCUACCAGUGGUGAUCCAGUCGCAGUAUCAAAAGCAAUCGAUGCUGCUUAUGCAAAGAUUGCAGGAACCCAGUGA